UAAUCAUUCCCAUUGCAUCAUGGACAACUUUAAAUUGAAUCCCUUGGUUAUUCCAGAAAUCAUCUUAAUCCUUGGUGAUUUCCUCGAUGACAGGGAUCUUCCAUGCUGUAUCCGCGUCUCCAAAACUUUUUACAAUACACUUUCUAAGACCCUGUGGAGAAAUAUUAACGUUAAAAGUCGGUGGCGAUGGCCUUGCAAUCCUUCAAAGGAAGCGCUACAAAACAACAAGAAGUAUAUUGAAAAGAUUAGUUUGCAAAACAUUAUUCCAAAGGAGAUCAUGUCAUUGCGAGGAUGCGAUCGUCUCUACUCCAUCGAAUAUGAGAGGGAGCGACAUUUAAAGAUUCGGCCUGACCUAAGAGGUCUUUCGGACCUCCUCAAGGCCUACAGUUCUACAAUCAGAGAGCUUAGUUGCAAUGGUAUUCCAAUUCCACAGGGGUUUUGGCAAGUACUACUGGAAUGCACCAACCUUAGUCUCAUAAAGGUUAAUGAAGUACUCAUAAGCAGUGGUGGCGUCGAAUUAUUCCUUCAGUUAUGCAAGAGAGUUAGGAACUUAGACUUACGUCUCGUACGGAUCUCUCAGUUACCUGCCGACUUUAUUACCGACAGUACUGGAAAAUAUAUUCUUACAAAUGUUCAGAAACUAGAUCUCGGCCCUGUCAAGAUACUCCACUCUCCAUUUCCAUACAAACCGUCGUAUUGCAUUGGCACAUUGGUUAGAAGAUGUCCAAACUUACGUUCAUUCACAUUUGAUGACGAGCCCUGGAGGCCUGGACAGCGAAUUCCCUAUGAUUUUUACAAGGUAGCAUUCCUUCAACAACCAUGGACAUUGACGAAUUUAUCAGAACUAACGUUUCCACACCAUGUCAUAAAGGAUACAAGCAUAGCGGCAGUCCUUAGGCAAAUGACGGGAUUAAGACGACUGGAGGCUCCAAAUUGCGAUUUUGGCCAGCUCUCUAUCCGGGAAUUGCUGGCAUCUGGACAAGAGAUUAUGGAUGGUGGACAUAUCGUUCGCAAAACAAGACUUCGGAGGCUUAGCGAUACAAUCGAGACAAUGGUGAUCAAUGAAGAAAACCUUGAGACCGAUGGGGUUGUUCAAAUGGUUCUAUCGAAUUGUCCACAUUUGAAGAAGCUCACUGGGCCUAGAAUCACGGUGACAGAAAUUGUCAAAGGUGCAGAAUGGGUUAGUACUGAGUUGACUGAACUGAGCAUCUUUCUUGAGGCAGAUAUUGAUCAGGGCACUGAAGAAGGCAUGGAGAAACAGCGUAUUGUGUUUAGACAGCUUGGAAAAUUGGCUCGACUACAUUAUUUGAACUUGACAGGACAGGAUCAACGGUUUAGGAAAAGACAGACGCUGGACUUGAGGCUAAGAGCAGGUCUGGAUGAGCUAGUCAACUUGAAGGACCUGGAAACAUUAGAAUUCAGAAGUGACUAUCAUCAACAGAUGCAACCAGAGGAUGCGACAUGGAUCGUGAACAAUUGGCCAAAGCUUAAAUAUAGUUACCUCCAUGGUCGUGUGAACAACAGACAAAGUAUACACGAUCGGGUAGUUGGUAUACUUUGUUCUCGCAAUACUCAGGCAACUCGAUUCUAAUAUGGUUCCUGUUGAGGCCAAUGGAUUAU